AGGAGAUCGCAUACGAUUGUAUAACCUCAAAUUCGCAAGAAUUUGACUCAUGUGGUCCUGGUCCCCAUAAUGGAUCUUGUGAAAUCGAUCUUAGAAGAGAAUGGAGGGAAAGAGGAUUUAAGUAAAUCGACAAAAGUUCACAAGAAUGUGGAGCUUGACAUCGAUCUGGGAACUCUGCUCGCAUCCGAUUAUAACGUUUUUGACGCAAAGGCUCUAAAGUCAAAACCAAAUUCAUAUUUGAAAGAUCUAACAAGAGACAACGUACAGUUGCUGAUCAAUAAAAUCUGGGAAUUGCCAGUAGAACGAAUGGACGAAGCUAUAGUGGCUAAGUUGCCUAAGCCUAACUAUACAUUGCCACGCUCACGUGUCAUUCCAAAGCCCAAGCCUUUGACAAAGUGGCAGCAAUUUGCUAAAGAGAAGGGAAUUCGAACCAAAAAGAAAGGUAGAUCCAAACUGAAGUGGGAUGAGGAAUUGAAGAAAUGGAUUCCAACAUAUGGUUACAAACGAGUAAAGGCUCAAGAACAGAAAGAAUGGAUAAUAGAGGCCAAGGGUGAUGGUAGCUCGACCGACGAUCUGUUUGCUAAAGCUAAAACAGCUAAACAGGAAAGGCAAUCCAAAAACGAAUUGCAAAGACUUCGCAAUAUAGCCAAAUCGAAAAAUAUCAAAUUACCGAGAGUUGGUUUGCCUACCAGAGAACACUUUUCGAGUUCUCAACAGCUUUCUGAAGCUCUAACUAUAGCGCGUACGUCGACUGCAUCUAUUGGAAAAUUCCAGUCUAGAUUACCGAAAGAGAAAGAUGCAAAAGGAAUUGCCAAGGAAGUGACAGGAAUGAAAAGAAAAAGGAAAGCACCUCCAUUAAACAUUAUUGAAGAAAAACGUCAGAACAAAAACCUGGUGGAUAGCGUUUUGAAGAGUAACACGAAAAUUGUACGCGAUGAUUACUCGACAGGAAUUGCAGAGAUAAAGCGGUCCACAACAAGUGGUAGUAAAAAGAGGAAAGGCGCAUUAAAAGCAAGUAAAACUGCUAAAAAGCCGAAGGCAGGAAAAGGCAAGCGGGAUUUGCACAAGAAGGUUGGCGGUAGAAAGCGAAGAUAAAUUGAGAUGUCUGUAACAAUAUCUGUAGUA